GCUCCGGUGUCAUGGCGGGCGCCUACCAUGAAGGCACGCCCGCGGUGCCCGGAGGAAAGCGGCCGCAGUUUGGAAGCCGGUUCCUGAGCGAUCCGGCGCGUGUCUUCCACCACAAUGCCUGGGACAAUGUGGAGUGGUCAGAAGAGCAGGCCGCGGCAGCCGAGAAGAAAGUCAGGGAGAACAGUACCCAGCGGGUGUGCCAGGAGAAGCAAGUUGAUUAUGAAAUCAAUGCCCACAAAUACUGGAACGAUUUCUACAAAAUCCAUGAAAAUGGAUUUUUCAAGGACAGACAUUGGCUUUUUACUGAAUUCCCGGAGCUGGCACCUAGCCAAAACCAAAAUCACUCGGCAGAUUUGCACACAGAGAACAAGAGGAGUGAAGUUCCUGGAUGUAGGAGGAGUGAGGAUGGACCUGAUUUAAUAAUAGAUCAGCACAAGUGUUCUUCAAACAGCCUUGGACAUAAAACACAGACCCUUCCUGUGGAAGAGAAUGUAACUCAGAAACUCGGUCACCUGGAAAUCUGUGCUGAUGAGUUUCCUGGAUCCUCAGCCACCUACCGAAUACUUGAGGUUGGUUGUGGUGUGGGAAACACAGUCUUUCCAAUUUUGCAAACUAACAAUGACCCGGGACUCUUUGUUUACUGUUGUGAUUUUUCUUCCGAAGCUAUAGAACUUGUCCAGACAAAUUCAGCAUAUGAUCCUUCUCGGUGUUUUGCCUUUGUUCAUGAUUUGUGCAAUGAAGAUAAGAGUUACCCACUUCCUAGCAAUAGUCUUGAUGUCAUCAUCCUCAUAUUUGUUCUUUCAGCAAUUGUUCCAGACAAGAUGCAGAAGGCACUCAACAGGCUGAGCAGACUUCUGAAGCCUGGAGGGAUGAUGCUUCUGCGAGAUUAUGGGCGCUAUGACAUGGCCCAGCUUCGGUUUAAAAAAGGUCAGUGUCUGUCUGAAAAUUUCUAUGUGAGAGGUGAUGGCACCAGAGUUUACUUCUUCACACAAGAUGAACUGGACACACUUUUCACUACUGCUGGACUGGAAAAGGUUCAGAACCUGGUGGAUCGCCGAUUGCAAGUGAACCGAGGGAAGCAGCUGACAAUGUACCGAGUUUGGAUUCAGUGCAAAUACCGCAAGCCUCUUCCAUCCAGCACUGGUUCCUGACCUGGCAUUUUUAAAAGAAUAUCCACAAGUGGUUUCUUGUUGAUGUUGGACAGCAGUUCAAUGGUUCAAGUAAAUUUGAGCCUUGAACCUAGGAAAAAUUACUUUUCAUCAAGAUUCUAACAUUUGUGCUUUCUAUUUGUGAAGCCCUUUAAUACAUACUUUUCUCAAGUUUUUUCUUUGAAAUCUCAAACAGUCUUGCCAUUUUGUAAUUUAUCUCAAUAACUGAAAUAUUCAUGGGAAUUAGGAAAUUAGAAGACAUCAAGAGUUUAUUUUCAUGUGAAAGUGUCAUGUGAUAUGAUAGAGUCAUUUUACAGUAAGUUUUAUUAAAGUAUUUGGGAAUUCAAACACCUGGUCCCAUGGUAUGUUAAGUACUUUUCUUCCUCUAAAUAACCUGUGUCUAAAAAGUAAAAGGAUCUUCACUUUUAGCAAAGUUGUCUUAUUUUUUCAUUGGGUCCUUCGAUGUUUGAGACAAAAGGAAUUGAGAGGACUUCAUUUUAGCCACAUCACUUCAUUUCUGAAUGUGAUCGUCAUCUGUAUUAAUGUUCUGCUUUUUUUCAGUUAUCACUUGUAUACAUUUCUCUCUUG